UUUAUCUGUAAAUUCUUCAUAAAAACAUAUCCCGCAUUAUUAAAAUGAUCUUAACAUGCUUUUUAUUCUUUGUUGUGAUUAAUAACGCGUUAGUAAUAUCAUCUAGAAUAAAAAUUGAAAAAAAUGGCUACGAAGAUAUUCUCAUUGCACUACCGUCAGAAAUUACUCCUGAAAAAAGAACCAAUUUGGUCUCGACCUUGAAGAAUCUUCUUCAACAUUCUUCGGAUGUACUGUCGAGGGCUACAAAAGGUCGUGCUCAGUUCCACGCAGUUUCAUUCCUUGUACCAGAUAAAUGGGGAGACAUUGAUAACUGGUUUCCAAAUCGAGACAAGACCAUUAUUUUUGAAGAACCUAAAGCAGCAUUAAACAGAGACGAGGCUGAUAUAGUAAUAACUAAUCCCGAUGAAGAAGUAAACCCAUACACUCUCCAUCAUCAAGGAUGUGGGAAACAGUCUCAUAGGAUUUAUAUUCCUUCAAACUUUUCAGUCUCCGGAAACAUUCAAGGAAAGAGUGUGGAAUUUGUCAGGCUUUGGUCAGAAUUCCGAUAUGGUAUUUUUCCUGAAGGUGGAUUUGAAAAUGACGAUAGAUUUCCUCCCAUAUAUCGAAUUCAUAAAGAGGGAAUAUUUAUAGAAACUGGUUGCGUUAACAAACCAUUCCGUGUUCCGAAUGAAUGUGAGGUACCCUGGAAUUGUGAUGGAUAUCAAAUAAUACCUUCUGUUAUGGAUCAACAUUACACUAAUGGAACCUACUUCUGUGAAGGACACACUAGUUUGGGCCAAAUCCACAAUCCUGAAGCUCCUACAAAACACAACCUGCUAUGUAAUGAAGAAGGGACGUACUUUACCAUACUAAGAAGUUCAGACUUCAAGCAUGGAAAAAAUGCUGCGCCAAGAAGACAAAAUCGGCGUGAAAUAAUGUAUCGUUACAUUAAAGAGCCAACAAAGGCGACAGUCUUUGUAGCUAUUGAUAUUUCUGCACAAAUGGGAAUUCAGGGCAGGUUUGCAGCAGUUAAAAAUGCAUUCUCUCGGUUUGUCUACAAUGAUUUACCAGGAGGCAGUUAUCUGAGUGUAUAUUUAUUUGGAGGUGAUGGAAACAUGACUUUAGUGACAUCUGAGAGACUGAUUGAUGAUAUUGAAUCGAGAACUAUUUAUUUGGAAAGUCAGCCUUUGCCUGAAGAAACCUCUAGAUCUGAAAACUCUUGUCCUGAAUGUGUUUUAAAUGACAUAAUUGAGCAUUUAAGGAACAACAGCAAUUACUCUCCUCACAUUAUUCUGAUUACAACAAAGCUGAAUGUGGAUGCCACAAUGUAUCAGAGUCUCGUUACAGACUUGAAGGAUUCUGAAACUCGUCUUCAUGUCUUCAUGUUUUCAAAUGUCCUCCCAACUGCUACAGACAAGCAUUCAACUUGGUAUUCAUUAUGUAAGGAAACUGGAAAUAAUUUCGUUUUCUUGGGAAAUGACCUUCUCGGAAAUCUGUACAGCAGUUUCUCAAAUGCUGUCCUGUCGUCAACAAAAGAUGCUCAAAUAACUCAAGAUUAUCUUAAUACACUAGACGAAGAAAUGUUACAUUUCCCCAUUUCAGUCGACGCCAGCAUGUCGAAGUCUCUAAUUGUGUCAUUAACUGGACCUUUGUUCGAUUCCGAUCCAUUGAGGUAUGACGCUACUUUUCUCAAAGAUCCAGAAAACGAAAGAAUAUACCCACAGAAACAAGAGCUUCUUCCUGCAUGGAUAUUCAACAUCUCAAAUCCAAAAACCGGUGAAUACUCCAUGCAAACUUUUAGAAAAAAGAGAGCAACAAGUCCCAUUCUGAUCACUGUAACCGGGAAAUCAUUAGAAAAUGAUGAUCCAAUAAUAGCUAAAGUAUGGACUGAAACAGCGGAAAUGAAAACUAAAUUUGUCCAACCUCCCAUUCUUAUAUUUGGAGAAGUAAGGAGAGGACCUCAUCCGAUUAUAAAUGCGACAGUUAAAGCUUAUGUAUACCAUCCCAAUAAUGAUGGAGUGUCUGAAAUCAAUUUACUUGAUGAUGGACUGGGAAGUGGAGACAUAACAAAAUUUGAUGGAAUAUACAGUCGGUAUUUCACGAAUUUCUCAUCAACCGGAUUUUACACAGUUCGAAUAAAAGUUACUGGAGGUAUUGAUACAAGUGCUGCAAUUCACAAAGGUCCUUCAUCAUACUGCUGCGGAUCAUUCUUUCCAUCUACCCAACAAGAAAGUGUUACUCAGUUUGCAAGAGAAGCUGGACCAGCUACUUUUGAAGUAACUUCAGUUCCGAGGAAUGAUCCAUAUCCACCCUCAAAAGUCACAGACCUAAAUAUCACACUAUCUUUUGAUGAUGAUCUAUACAUAUUGCAAUGGAGUGCAGUUGGAAGCAAUUAUGAUCAAGGAGUAGCUGCUGCUUAUGAAAUAAAAUUAUUUCGUGAUAGAUCUUUGGUAAGACACCGAUUUUUUGAUUCUGGAUUAGAAGUGUACAAUGAGACAAUAGAAACCACAGAAAAAGCAUCUUAUGGUACUCAACUCUACCAUACAUUAGCACUUACGCAACCUUUUGAAAAUGGACUCUAUUACAUAGGGAUUCGAGCAGUAGAUGAAGCUGGCAACUAUGGAGAACCUUCGAAUGUUAUUUCCAUAUGGCUGCAUACGAGAGCCAGAAGCAGAUUAAUCGAGUGUGGACCUGUGGCGUUACCCUUCAAUUUCGCCUCAAGAAAUUAUUUUUCAUGCUCAUUUCUUUAUUUGUUCAUCAUUUAUGUUCUAUUCAGCGUUAUUUUACUGUAUAAAUAAUCAUUAAGGAACUAUUCAUUUCGUUAAAAUAAAGAUCAUGAUUGCUUUUUUUUAAUGAUA